AACUUUAUCCCAUUAAAAAUAAAACCCUAAUUUCACCUUACCCCUCUUUAUAUUUAACUUAACCCAAUAAUAUCUUCUACUAUUAGUAAACUUUUUUGAAACAACCUAAAACCUAAAACCCUUUUGCCCCCCAAUAAAAGGCCCCAAUUUUUUACCCAAACCCUAGUAAAAAUUCACCUUAAAAUUUUCAUUUUUCCUCUCCGCUGUAACUUUUUUUAUCCUUUGCCAUGGAAACACCAAACUUAGCGGUAAAUACAAGCGGUGCUGCCGCUGGAGCCGCCAACGGCAACCGUCGGAGUGAGGAGAGUGAUGAGAUGGUUAAAGUUGAUGAGGGUGUGUUGGGUAAUAGAUGGCCCAGACAAGAAACUUUAGCUUUGCUGAAGAUACGGUCUGAAAUGGAUGUUGCAUUUCGAGAAGCUGCUGUUAAAGCUCCGCUUUGGGAGGAUGUUUCGAGGAAAUUAAACGAGUUUGGCUAUAAUAGGAGUGCGAAGAAAUGUAAAGAGAAGUUUGAGAAUAUUUAUAAGUACCAUAGAAGAACGAAAGAAGGGAAAUCCGGUAAGGGGAAUGGAAAAUCUUAUAGGUUUUUUGAUCAAUUAGAAGCUUUAGAUAAUCAUCCCGUGUUUCUUUCGUCUUCUUCACCGGAUAAAGUGCACUCUUCUAUCGGUGUUGCCGCAGUUAACCCCAUAAGUUAUAUUGAAAAUGUAAUGCCAAGUUCCAUGCAGAGCCCUGGUGUUAAUUUUGUUGAUAGUCCUUCCACAUCGAGCACCUCUAGUUCAGGUGAAGAGUCCGACGGAACACGAAAGAAGAAAAGGAAAUUAACAGAAUUUUUUGGGAGGUUGAUGAAGCAAGUAAUUGAAAAGCAAGAGAAUUUGCAGAAGAAGCUCCUAGAGGCAAUAGAUAAAUGUGAACAAGAUAGGCUGGCAAGAGAAGAAGCAUGGAAAAUUCAAGAAUUGGAUAGGAUUAAGAGAGAACGCGAGCUUUUAGUUCAAGAAAGAUCAAUUGCAGCUGCGAAAGAUGCCGCUGUACUUUCAUUCUUACAGAAGUUCUCGGAUCAAGCUAGCCCGGUGCAGUUCCCUGAUAUUCAACUACCUCUGGUGCAACUGCCCCAUAACAACAUAGUUUCUUCAAACCAAGUAGCUACAAUAGAAAAAGUAGUGAAGUCACAAGCUCCUAUAGAGAAAGAAGUGAAGGCAUGGGAAAAUAAUAUAAUGGACGAUUAUGCUCAUAUGGCGGGCUCAUCAAGAUGGCCUAAAGAAGAAAUCGAAGCAUUGAUUAGGCUAAGGGCUAACCUUGAUACGCAAUAUCAAGACAAUGGGUCGAAAGGGCCAUUAUGGGAGGAGAUAUCAGCCUCAAUGAAAAAGAUGGGAUAUAAUAGGAAUGCGAAGAGGUGCAAGGAGAAAUGGGAGAAUAUGAACAAAUACUUCAAGAGAGUAAAAGAGAACAAUAAGAAAAGGCCCGGGGACUCGAAGACUUGUCCUUAUUAUCACCUGCUCGAUGCUCUAUAUAGUCAGAAGACGGGAAAAGUUGAUAAUUCAGUUAAAUCCGGUAAUGAAUUAAAGCCUGAAGAACUUCUAAUGCAUAUGAUGGGUCAGCAACAGGAAUCUGUAACAACAGAGGAUGGGGAAAGUUUAAAUGUCGAUCAGAAUCAAGAAGUUGAUCGACAAAACAAUAAUACAGAUGGAUAUCGAGUUGUUGUGAAUGAUCCUUCUUCAGUUGCAAUGACGGAGAGAUUAAACAAGAUGGUGUAAUUAUUGUUUGAAUGAGCUAAAUGCGGUAUGCAUUAUUCCGAGAUGGGGAUGUAGCUAUUGCAGAGACUUCUCGACAAAGUCGUGAACAUAUUCAGUUUGAUGAACAACCUGCAAGCGUAUGAUUGAACAUGGUAACUAGGUAUAUAGAUAAGAUGAUUUUAUUUGUUUAAAUUAUGUAUCACAGAUAGAGUGAAAGUAGCAGAAUUAGAAUAAGAUAUGUAACAUAUGAUAUACAUUUUGUUGUUCUUGUGAGUAUACAUACACGUGUGAAAAAUUGGGAGGUGCUUUGGUUU